AUGGAUGACCCAAUUCAAGAAAUCAGCGACGUCGUCCACCGUCUCACCCAGUCUCCACCCGAGGAGCAAUCCAAAACCAUCGACCAAUACUUCAGCAAGAAUGCCUCCUUCACCCACCCCUUCUGCCGAACCGGUAGCUUCAACAACAGCCGCCAAUUGAUCCACUACAUCUUCCGAUGGUACAAAGUCAUGAGCCCGCGGAUCGACCUCAAGGUCAAUGGUGUUGCUUUCGAUGAGACCAACCUCGUCCUGUACGUCAACAUCAGCCAGGUGUUCGCCAUCUGGUUGAUCCCGACCCAUCGCGCCCAUGUCACCCUCACCACCGUGCUCCAAUUGGCUCGCGACGAAUCCGACAAGGGCAACAAGAAGUACUACAUCACUUCCCAGAACGAUCUCUACCAGACCGAUCAAUUCAUCAAAUUCGUCUUUCCCUGGGGCGGCUCGCAUUUGGUUCUGCUAUGGCACUUCAUCGCCACCUUCUUCUGCGUUCUGGCCGCGUUGAUCUUUGCACCUUUCACUCAAUUGAUGCAGGCGUACGCCGACCGACAGAACCAGGGGCAGUCAUCGAAGCAACAGAAGGCACUGCCGGAACGCCAGAAGCCGUUGUCGCAUCAAGCCAAGGAUGUCGUUAGUAAUCUCAAGACAAAUGGCGUCAAGGCGGCAGAGCAGGUUGAAGAGAAAGUCAAGUCAUGA